CCUGGGUGAAGAUGGCUGACAAAACAUUACGGUGGAAUCAAAUGUGGUUUUGUGAGGGGAAGGAGCUGGAGAACUGCCCUGACAUUCAGAUCAUCAACAACGGCGAGUUGCACUCUCUGACCAUUGCCGAGGCAUUCGAGGAAGACACAGGGCGGUACUCUUGCUUUGCAUUCAACUUCUACGGCACAGACUCGACAUCUGCAGAAAUCUACAUCGAAGGUGCCUCCUCUACAGAUUCGGAGGGGGAACAACAUUCUGAACUUGCACAACUACAGAGGACCCGAGCUCAGCCGGGUGCCCAAUCUUUACCUCCAGUGGUCAGUGUUGUGUCUCUGUGUGUGGAUGACGCAACCAUCUGCACUGAAGAACAGCCACAGGAGGCCACCUCACUGCCUUCGAGCCAGGUAGUCACUGCAUCUGUACCUGUCCAGGUAGCUACUAAUGUCCAUCCUGUUACGGAGGUGACAACAGCACCAUCCACCCAGGUGGCGUUUACAUUGGUCCCUGCCCAGGAGAUGUCAGCACAGUUACCUGUCCAGGUAGUUUCUACUCUAGAUCUACCGCCUGUGGACACGGCGUCAGUUCUGUCACUGCCAACACCGUCACGUGUCCCAGUGACGUCCACACCAUUACCGACACAGACAGUCUCUACCACGGCACUACCGCUGACCCAGGUGGUCUCCUCUACACUGCCUGCCCAGGUUGCUGCCGUACAGACGACUCUAGCUGAGAACCUAAAUGGAGACAGCUAUACUCUAAGGCCAGACAUAUAUCCUCAAGGUCUAGACGGGAGGCCUAUCAUGGCUGCCCCUGUUUUCACAAAGAGUCUGCAGGACCUGUUGGCAUCGGAGAAUGAGCUGGUGGUGCUAGAGUGCCGUGUAAAAGGAGUCCCCUCCCCCAAGGUGGACUGGUACAGAGAAGGAACUGUCAUAGAGGACUCCCCUGACUUCAGGAUCCUGCAGAAGAAGCCUCGGUCCAUGGAUGAAUCAGAGGAAAUAUGCACUUUGGUCAUUGCUGAAGUCUUCCCUGAAGAUUCUGGAAAAUUCACUUGCACUGCAAGCAACAAAUAUGGAACUGUAUCCAGUAUCGCUGCACUAAGGGUGAAAGGAAAUGACAACACCAACAACAACCACGUGAAAACUCUCGUAGGCACUUUAACAAUGGAGUCCACACAAGUUCCAGAGCCUUCUUCAUCAGAUCUCACUCUGCCCAGACUAAAGCCUCAUGCUGAGGCUCUUGUCACCAACAGCAUCAAGCCUCACUCCAGCACCAUCCGCCUGGAUCCCUUCAGCUCCAGCAAUUUACGACUGGAACCUCUGAGCACCAGUACCCUCCGUGUAGACCCUCUGAGCUCCAGCAUGCUGCGCCAGGUGCCUAUCAGCCCCAGCAUGCCCAGCCUGGAUCCACUAAGGCUGGGCAGCAGCCUCCGUAUAGGCACCCGUAGCUCCAACACAUCUCAUCUGGACUCACUCUACCUGAGCACCCCUCACCCAGACCUGCCUACUAGCUCCAGCGGGCUAUGCCCGGAGCCCCAGAGCAGUGGUGAGAUGCCCAAGACUGACCAGGGAGACUCCAGAGCCUUUUCAGUGUUACCUGACCCUCCCGUUGGACUUUGGCCUAAGGUGGAAGGGAUUCCUAUCCAUAAACCUGAGCCCCCUCCCCAUGUAAACCUCCCUGAUCCCCCCAACUCCUCCUGCCUUAAGCCUGGGGUUCUGGUUAACCACAACGGGCCCAGGUCCAGCUCCAGGGCAGGCCUCCGUGUGCACUUUAAACUGCCUGAGGAUGAAACGGAAAACCAGAGUGAAGCAUCCAAUAGCAAUUCAUGUGAAGAUAUGUCGCAGUUGGCCAAUAAGGAACCACCUCCAGUACUGGCCAAGCCCAAGCUAGACCCUGUCCAGCUGCAGCUUCUGCACAACCAGGUGCUUAUGGAGCAGCAGCAGACUGAGACUGAGCCAAACGGAGCCACCAAGAGCCAACCGGAGGCAUCUGCCUGGCCAACCCAGACACACCACGAGUCCCAGGCACAGACCCAAGCCCAGCCUCAGUCAAACCUGCCCCGUUCAUCUACCCCCAUGCUCCUGCAGACCACCCAUGCCGCACCCAUACUGACCACAGCCCCAACACCCUUUCUCAACUCCGCCCCUUUGACAAGCUUGAACACUACCCCUACACCCCAGCUAGACACUAGUCCCCCUGCCCACCUGGUAAACAUUGCAUCUGCACCGCUACUGAACCCAUACACCACCCAUUCCUAUUCUACUUCUUCACUCCUGCUAAACACAAGCCCUGUACCACCAAAGAACACUACCUCUGCAACGCUACUGAACACAGCCCCUCCUGCAACAGUUAUGGGUACCCUGCCGUCCCUUCCUCAAUUGAAGACAGCUCCUUCUUGUAUGAGCUCCCCUCCAUCUGCCUCUCUGCUGAGAACUGUUCCUGCACCACACCUGUACACCAGCCCUGCAUCCCCACCCUAUAUGACCCAGCAAAACACCACACAUUCUUCCCAGCUGAAUUUAACGCACUCAUCCCUGCCUAAAGCCAUUCACGUACCCAAGUUUAGCACACCUCCCACACCUCAUCUGAAUACAGCCCCCACAGCGUCUCUCAGCGCCAUCCCUGCAGCUUUCAACAAAGCCCCCACAACCAUGCAGAACACCUCCCCCACUCCCCUGCUCAGAACAACCCACGCCUCCCUCCUCAACCUGGCUCCUACGUCACAGAGCUUCAACUACUCUAGGCCAAAGGAGUUCAUCACUGCCCAGACUCCCCUCUCUCCAUUUAGGAGUCCCUCUCCUACAGAGUCCCCCGUUCCGUUGCUCCACAAGCUGGCUGCCGAGCUCAACUCCUCCAACCCCAACCAGUUCUCUCCGCAACCCAGAGUCGUACCCACCAGAGUCCUCAAGUCACCCACCAGCCCCCCUUCCUUCAUGUCCUCCCCCACCUCCCUGACCAUGUUGCCUGCUGCCUACCUAAACUCUGUGUUCGCCCUGCCACAGCAGUCGCCCCCGCAGGCAGCGUCCCCGACCUCCAGUACCUCCAGCCCCAUCCAGAACCAUGUGGCCUUCCUCAGCUCUGUCCUGCCCUCUCUACACACCACACAAGCCACCAACUCUAUGGGCCUGCCCAAGAGUGCUCAUAGGCCACCUCAAGGCAUACUGAAGAAGUUGCCUACAAGCACUCGUCCUAUUUUAGAUGAUGAUAUUCGUAGCAGCCAACAAACUCUCCUCCACGAUAUUGAGAAAAAGCUUAGGUUCAAUGAAGAUUCAAUGCGUGGUCAUGUACAACAGAAGCCGACUACUUAUGAGGGGAAAACAGCGAGCAGACACCUCGGACCAAACAUUCCCGCCACUGUCUUUAACUAUGACGAGGAGUACAAAGUGUCCAACUUUGAGCAGAGGCUGAUGAGUGAGAUAGAGUUCCGUCUGGAGCGCACGCCAGUCGAGGAGUCAGAUGACGAGGUACAACACGAUGAGAUCCCAACAGGGAAGUGCAUCGCUCCCAUGUUUGGCAAAAAACUGAAAAACUUCAGGGCCAUGGAGGGUGUGCCUAUGACGUUCUCCUGUAAAGUGGUGGGGAUCCCUGUACCUAAGGUUUACUGGUUCAAGGAUGGCAAGCAGAUCUUGAGAAAAAAUUAUCAUUAUAAGAAGAUACGAGAGGGGGACGGAACCUGUGCCCUACACAUAGAGGUCACCAAUAACGACGAUGAUGGCAACUACACUGUCCUGGCAGCUAACCCCCAGGGACGAAUCAGCUGCUCCGGUCAUUUGAUCAUCCAAACAGGUCCUCUCCGAAACCGAAUGACACCUAUGAUUCACUCUCAGAGGGUGCGGGCCCACAUACAGGAAGUGGAAGAGGGUGAACCAACCCAGGAACGCUUCUUCCAACCUCACUUCCUCCAGGCUCCAGGGGACAUGGUGGCUCAUGAGGGCAGAGUCUGUAAAUUAGACUGCAAGGUUAGUGGCCUUCCAAACCCAGAGCUGAUGUGGCUGAUCAACGGGAGGCCCAUCUACCCAAACUUCUACCACCGGAUGCUGGUGAGGGAGAAUGGAAUCCAUUCCCUUGUCAUAGACCCUCUAAAACAGGACGACGCUGGGACAUACACUUGCAUUGCCAGCAACAAAGCAGGACAGAGCUCCUUCGGUCUAGAGUUAAGAGUUGUGGAAAAAGAGAUGAAGCAGGUCCCCCAGUUUGUGGAGAAGCUCCAGAACAUAGGCAUCGCAGAGGGCACCCCUGUCCGACUGGAGUGCAGGGUGCUGGGCAUGCCUCCACCUGUCAUCUACUGGAAGAAAGACAAUGACACCAUUCCUCACACCAAGGCCAGAGUCAGCUUACACCAGGAUGCCACUGGAUAUGUUUUCCUCCUGAUUCAGCCAACCAGGAAAGAGGAUGCUGGCUGGUACACCGUAUCAGCAAAGAAUGAGGCUGGAAUUGUUUCAUGCACAGCGAGACUAGACAUCUAUGCCCAGUGGCAUCAACAUGUUCCUCUGCCUAUGAAGAAGGCUCCGUGGUAAGGCAGUCGCUAUGCAGCACUGACUGGCCAAGGCCUAGACAUCAAGUCUGCCUUUCCCACGACGGACAACAGCCCCAUCCUGUUCUCCAGCUGACCUACGGAGGCACAGUUGGAGAGCGAUGAGCUGUGUAAGAAGCAGACACUCUGCCACAGGGUUGUAAAAGUCUGUAAACUUCCCCAUAAUGCACAGGUUUUUCAGAAAUUCUAGUUGAAAGUUUUGGAAAAUGUAUGGAAUUUUGCCAACCUACUUCAACAGCAACCUAAUCACCACUGGCCCUUUGAACCUACAAACUACUCUUCUCUGGAGUCUCGUAGGGCCGGUUUCCUAGACACAGAUUCAGCCAAGUACUGAACUAAAAAGCAUGCCCAAAUAGAGACUCUCCAUUGAAAUGGUCUAAUCUACUAGUCAAUCUAAUCUGUGGUGACUAGUAGGAUUAAGAGAUGGAAGAGCAGGACUAUAAUCUGAGCAGUUUGUUUCAUCUGGUUUAUGUGAUACAUUUGAAGUGAUACAUUAAAGUUAGAAUGACGAAAACGGUUCGAUUUUAAACUGUCAACCUAAUGCUGUUGUGUUUGCUUGUCCGCCAUUCCUAUUGAAUUGUAUCAUUUGAAGCAUCUGAUUCACAAAAAAACAGACACACUCGCCAAGUCUUAGUUCACGUGCCACUAAGUCAACUAUAAUCUUCCAAUAGAUCAGAUGUAUUAUUUUAUUUAUUUUUGAUUAGUUAGAUUGAUAUGGCGGCGGAUAGACUAACGGUUAGAGUGUUGAGCCAGUAGCUAAAAUGUUGCUAGUUCGAAUCCUCAAGCCAACAAGGUGAGAUAUCUGCAAUGUACCCUUGAGCAAGGCACUUAACCCUAAUUGCUCCAGCAACAAGGUGAUAAUGGCAGACCCUGGCCGUGACCCCACUCUCUGAGGGUGUCUCAGGGAGAGUUGGGAUGUACAAAAAACACAUUUCCAAUUCACACAUGCGUAUUAGUACACACUUGUACAUGUGUUAAAUAGGAUAAAUAUAAUAUAACUUCUGACCCACUGGAAUUGUGAUACAGUGUAUUAUAAUUGAAAUAAUCUGUCUGUAAACAAUUGUUGGAAAAUUUACUUGUCAUGCACAAAGUAGAUGUCUUAACAGAC